CCCACCAGCAGCCGGAAGUGACGCAACGAGCGCGCGGUGAGCAGAGUGGAGGAUCGGUGGGUUUAAAUGAGCAGAGGAGCGUCUGGUAUCAAACAUCAGCCGCCCAGAGGUUAAUCAGGCCCCCGCGGUCACUUCCUGCCCCGGCCUGAUGGCGGCGCCGCCCCAGCAGCAGCAGCCUCCGCCCGGGGCGCUCCGGGAGAUCUCCCCGGUGUUCCUCUGCAGGAUCGGCCAGGAGACCGUGCAGGACAUCGUCACGCGCACCAUGGAGAUCUUCCAGAUCACGCGCGCCACGCAGCUCCCUAACGGAGUGACCCAGAGCCACGCCGUGUACCAGGACCGGUUCGGGAAGCUGCAGGAACACCUGCGGCAGCUCGCCCUGCUCUUCAGGAAGCUGCGGCUGCUGUAUGAGCGCUGCGUGGAGAUGACCUCUGACCUCCAGGAGUCGCCGACGGAGCUCGUCCCGUACGCCGGAGAGGAGCUGGUUCCGGUCCGAUCGGAGCCCUGCAGCCCGGCCGUCAUCCAGGAGCGCCAGGAGGUUCUGGAGAAAGUCCGUCAGAAGAACCAGGAGAUGAAGUUUCUGAUGGACCAGAUGAGGAACCUGCUGUGGGACGUCAACGCCAUGCUGACCCUCAGGAAGUGAUGAAGAUGCAUGACCUCCUCCUCCUCUUCCUCAGGCAGCUAGUGACUCGGUUUGUUCAGGUGUUUCAGAGCUGGCUGCACUUCCUGCUGGCCUCCAGCAGGGGGCGCCAGUCUCUCCUGUCUUUGUUUCCUCACUGGGAGGCAUCUCGCGGUGUUUUUGUAAACUGACGUGCUUUUGUAUGAAAUAAACCUUUUUUUAACAUGUUGA